AUGAGGGGCGCCUGUAAACAACGACAAAUUCUAACCACACCGCACAAUCAGCUGCACAACGGCGUGGAGUCUAGAUUUCUAGGGUCUGGCCAACUCCCGUCUAUUAACGUCAAAAUCAGCAAAAGAAAGUGUCCGCUGGAGACGGGCGCUAAAGGAGACCCUGUAACGGGCUGGCAUCCAGCCGAAAUCAAAAGUUUCCUUCAAAAAGUGACGAUCUGCGAAAAGCGUUUAACCUGUAAUUACCUGCAGCCAAAGAAAUUGGGACAUUUUACUUUGAUCGGAGUCAACGGACAAAAAUGCGCGCGAAAAGCUCCACCACACAACUUUCACCAUCCGGCCGCUCGGGCCGUCUUCAUCCGGAGAAGCCGUGAGCUAUUGUGGCCAACAGCGCGGAGGAUCGGUAACAUGCGGCCGCCCUCCGACACCAGACAAAACACCAGCCCCCAAUGCAGAGAGAAGUGUCGGGAAUGC